AUGCCUGGGAAGAAACAACGCCACUCUCGUCCCGGGUUUCCAAUCGAGAUCUGGGCACUGAUUUUCGAAAAGUUGGGCGAGUAUAUACCAGACCAUGUCAAGUGGUUCUCUAGAGAGCCAGAAUCCCGGCCGUCGCAGCUACGGGCCAUUCAACGCUUGCGUCGAGUGUGCCGCACAUUCAGCAGCCUCGCCUCGCCACUCCUCUGCCCAUACCUAUAUCUUGAAAUCUCGUACGAGUCUAUAGACCGUGCGAAAGAACUUCUCAAAAAUCCCAGGAUCGCCAGUGGUAUUCGCGGGAUACAGCUCUCGCUCGCCUAUCGGCCUGAAAUCUUGGCUCACAGUCGCUCAGAAUUCUCCAGUCACUGGGAAGCGAAACUGGAAGAUGCAUAUUCAGAGCUCAAGCUGGAGCUGAAGCCAGAAAGUAAGCCAUGGUCUUGGGAAGAUGACCCUGACCUGUAUGAAAAAUUCGUGGCCAAGGAAAGGCAAAAGAAAAUGCUUAGUACACUGAGGAACUUUGCACAAUAUCUUGGGCCAGCGAAUUCCAGAUCGGGCUACGAGUUCUUUCGUUCCUCCCACGAACGUUACAAGGAGAAGCACUAUGAACAAUUCGAGCUCUUGAUGAACGGAUCCUUUGUUCGCCAGUUAGCUGCUGCCCUAGGUCGAGUUCGGCACCCCAUCGCUCUGCACUUGACAGAUGAUGUCCAGCAAAGAUACAACAUGAAGAACUAUCGCCUAUUUCUGGGAGACACGGGACUCGCAGACGCCUUUAUUCAACCAAUGCCUUUGAGCGACAUCAAAGGCGGAUUACUGCCAGCACGCGUUCUGACGGAGCUGCCCAUUGCCAUAUCUCAAGCGGGCGGAUGGCUCCAAAGCCUAAAGCUCAGCUGUCCCAUAAACAGAUGUUGUUACAUCUUCCCACCCGGCGCCUCUCCUGAACGCUCAAUGAUGGAACUGAGAGACGCAUUUAAAUUCCUGCGGGUAGUUGGAGUUGGCCGUCUAGGUUACUGGUGCAUGUACACCUCGGCCUUGCUCUCCAGCCGCAGCCUUCGACAUGUGGCGAUCGGCUGCGGAGAGCUCCAGCACAUUGGUACAAACUGCAACCGGCCCAUUUGUCAACGUGGGCGACAGACAGCGCGCUGGUUCAGGACAGUCGAGCCCACCGUUAAACGCUUUCGCAUCGAAGAUGUCACAAUCUCCCAUACCGAAUUAGAGCAGAUGCUUCACAUGCUUAGCCCAAGAUGUAAGGAAAUACGGAUCGCGUCUGUGCGAUUAUUCUACGGUGAUUGGCUUAAAAUAGUCGAAAUCCUCCGGCUCAAGGCAGGAUCUCGAAUCGCCAAUGGGAAGUGCAUGCUGCAUUUCACUGCGCUGAGCGGUGGGGGGUUUCCACAACGACCAUGGGAUUAUCUUUAUGACGAGCUUGAAGAACAGCUUGCUGAAUAUGAUUGGAAAGUGAAACAAGUAUUGGAUUAUAUAGCGGGCAAGCAUGUUGAUAAGUGGUGGAGUGAAUAG